AUGUCGGCUCGCAAGAUCAUCACGCCGCUCUCACGCGUGCUGCCCUCGGUCAAGACGCCGGUCGUCCUUGGAGCCAUGGCCGGCGCUUCGGGCGGCCAACUCGCAGGCGCCGUCUCGUCGGCAGGUGGAUUCGGCUUCAUCGGCGCAGGCUACCUCACACCGUCGGUGCUGCAGAGCGAAGUGGAAAAGGCUUACCAGCAGCUCUCCGUCUCGCACGUCGAUCUGACUGCUGAGCGUAAACGAGCCGACUUCGGCAUCGGCAUCCUCGUCUGGAAACUCACCGAGCUCAACGACGGCAAGCGACCCGACCAGGCUUCACCCAACAAGAGCGUAUCGGACUUUCUCGAUGUCAUCGUGCGCGCCCGUCCACGCGCGGUAUGGCUGAGCUUUGGCGACGAGCACGAACUCACCGGGUGGCAGAAGGUCAUCGCCAAGCUCGACGAGCAGCGCAACAACGACUUGCAGGCCAGUGAAGCUGAGGCGCUCAAGUGGUUCGUCAUGAUCGGCCGCGAGCAAGAGCUACAAGCAGCGGUGGAGAAAUGUCGCUGCGAUGUGCUCAUCGUUCAGGGCUGCGAGGCGGGCGGUCACGGACACUCGCAAGCUCCUCCACUGUCGGCCUUGCUUGCCGACACACUCAAGCGCCUGCCCGCGCUCAAGCCCAACAACGCAACCCACUCCACACCGCCCGUUCUCGGCGCGGGCGGACUUGCGGAUGGACGCUCUCUGGCCGCCCUCCUCGCAUCCGGAUGUGCAGGUGGAGUGUAUGGCACGCGGUUUGUGCUCACGCCCGAGUCCACCUACUCGCAGGUGCAGAAGGAGCAGCUGGUCAAAGCCAAGGGCUCGGCCACUCUGCGCACCUUCGCGUUUGACGAUGCGCGUGGCACACUGGGAUGGCCACAGGGCACCGACGGUCGUGGUCUGCGCAACAAGACGGUGGAAGAGUACGAGCGAGACGUGCAGCAAGAGGUCAAGGCAGGCACCCAGGAUCCCGAGGGCGCCAAACGCCGCAUGGAGCGGUACAAGCAGGCCGCCAGCGAGAACGACACGGAUCGCAUCGUCAUCUGGGCCGGCACAGGUAUCGGUGCCAUUGACGCCAUCGUGCCUGCCAAGCAGGUCGUGCACGACAUCACACACGAGGCGCUCGAAGCACUUUCACGCGUACAGGGCUAUGUGCAGUAG